AUGGGUGCUUCGCUCUUCGACAGGCUCCAAGCCAAGAUCGAGCUCUUCAGGCUCGAGCAGCGCUACACCCGCCGCCGUCACCGUCGCUCGACCUUUAGGUCCAACGCUAUCUACGUCGACGGCGAGUACGUUUACCAGACCCCCAACUCCACGGGCUCGUCUAGCGACAGCUACACCUCUAGCCCGCAGAUGAAUGCCCUCCAUGAGGAAGCUCCCGCCAGCCUCCCAACGCCCAAGAAGCGAAUGAGCAGGCUGUCCAUGAACUUCAAGUCCUCGAACUCGAACUAG